CAGCCAAGUAAAGAAAAUCUACCAUGAAAUAUCAAGAAAUAUCCAAAAUAACCCAACAAUCAGAGUAAAACUUUUCCUCAACGAAGUGCAAAAUUUUCUCUGUUAUACAGAAAGCCAGACCCCUCUCACAUAUACACAUACAUAUAUGUAUGUAUGUACACGCAUAUAUAUGGAGAGCAAUGUAUAUACAUGUAGGAAGGAUAUAUCUAUCGAAAAUAACUGAAUAAAGAAGGGAAAAGAAUAAAGCUACGCGAAUGUGCGCUUUUGGUUACUUAUUGUUUUUCGCCCUAUUGCUAACAACAAUUCUGGUGCUAUCCAUCAUAUUUGCCACGACCUCAAAGCGAUCCAUGUUGGACAGCUUUAUCCUCGUAUUCAAUUACACACAAGAACAACAGCCAGAACAACAGCACCACCAACCACAACAACAACAACAACAACACCAAGAGGACUAUCUGGAACAGCCACAAAUGUUCCUCAAACAGAAAUCCUUUUGAGUUGAAUAAAUAAAUCUUAGGUCAAAGUUUCGCUUAAAAAAAAAAGGGGAAAAAUUAAUUGGACUCGACUGUGUGCAAGUAAAAUAAUUUCAUUGUUCUACGGAAAACAGCAAAUAAAACAGUUUGCAAAUCAAAACAGUGCGGUAUUC